AAAACGACCCAUCAGUGUGACAUUGACAAUGGUGGCUGCAGCUACAUGUGUGAGACGGACGAUAGUGGUAUUGGUAACUGCAUCUGCCAAGCAGGCUUCAAGGUCAACAAAAGUGGAGGAUGCAGAGAUAUAAACGAAUGCCAAACCAACUCACACGGAUGCGAACAGAACUGUCAGAACACCCAGGGUUCCUAUCAGUGCAUCUGUAAUGAAGGCUAUGCCCUCCAUAUUGACAAAAAGCACUGUACAAGGUGUGAAGAGGUUUACAAUGUAACACAAGGUGUAGUCGAACCAACUGGGUACCCAGGACCAUACCAUGAUCACCAGAACUGCCUAUACAAAAUUCUGAUACACCCCGAGCAUGUCCUGAAGUUGACAAUUCGCGUGGUGAACAUCCAAUACUCGGACAAAUGCAGGAAAGAGUUUUUAAAAAUGCAACACGGGCAUUUCAAGAACAACAGACGACUGUGCCACUACAUCAGCAAUAUCUCCUACUAUAUCAGGGACAGCAAUGAUUCAGAGUUGAAUUUCAACAAGUCCCACGUUCAACCGUGUCAGAUACAAAACUCAACACUGUUCAUGUAG